AACGCCCGCAUGAGGGGUCAGCUUCAGAAGCCAGUCGGGGCCAGCGCCCUUUCGGCCUUUUCUGGGUCAGACGGCCUGGGCGUCCAGGCUCUGGAGCUCGGUUUCGAGACUGCCUCGGGCGUGGGUCGUUGGGAGCCGGAAGUCCAGAGCUGGACGUUGAGGUUUUGAGGACAUAUGCGGUCUUAGCUGCAUGUUGCAUGUCACUCUGCUAAAAGGAGUAGCUGCUGAUGCACUCCGGGGGCUUUGGGCAGUGAGGACACUCCUUCAGAGUGACAGACAUCAGUGAAUGUUAAAUUACACCUAAUAUGAUGCCACGAAAUAAUUUGGAAGCCUCUACUUGUAAAAUGGCAGAGCCAUUUAAUUUUGAGAAAAAGGAAAACAAGCUUCCAGCCGACGAUUCUCUGAGAAGUCCCGGAGUUCAGCAUAACCAUCCCAAUUUCAGACUGAAAAGCCCAGAGAACGGAAAUAAAAAGAACAAUUUUUUGCUUUGUGAACAAAACAAACAGUAUUUAGCUAGUCAGGAAGACAAUUCGGUGGUCUCUUCAAACCCUGCUGUUGUCAAUGGAGAAGUAGGUGGGUCCAAAGGAGACAGGAAGACUGUACCAACAGGAAACCCAGUGUCACCAUUAAGUCUUGGAAACAAUUCACUACCUAAUCCAGUAAAAACCAAACCCAGCAAUAAUGUGACUCCUGAAAAACCAAAAAAGUCUCACAAGUUGUUUGAGAAUGCCUUGUCGGUAAAUAAUCCAGCACUCUUCAACUCUUUAGGACCACCCCUUCGGUCAACAACCUGCCACCGCUGUGGCCUCUUUGGGUCAUUGAGGUGCUCCCAGUGCAAGCAGACGUACUACUGCUCCACAGCGUGCCAGAGGAGAGACUGGUCUUCCCACAGCACCGUCUGUAGGCCUGUACAGCAAAGUUUGCACAAGCUUGAAGAUAAUAAAUCACCAUUUGAAACAAAGAUCAUUGAAGUGAAGAAUGAGCAGGUUGAUUGUCCCCCGGGAGUUACUAAAGAAAUGACAGUUGGUGCUGAGAGAGUAAUGUUCUCUGAUUUGAGAAGUCUCCAACUCAAGAAAUCCAUGGAAAUAAAGGGUACAGUUACUGAAUUCAAGCACCCGAGUAACUUUUAUGUCCAGUUAUAUUCUUCGGAGGUUCUAGAGUACAUGAACCAGCUCUCUGUAAGCUUGAAAGAGACAUAUGCAAACGUGGCACCUGAAGAUGGUUAUCUUCCUGUUAAGGGGGAAGUUUGUGUUGCCAAAUACACAGUUGAUCAGACCUGGAACAGAGCUCUGAUACAAGGUGUUGAUGUGCUGCAGAAGAAGGCAUGCGUCUUGUACAUUGACUAUGGAAAUGAAGAGAUCAUUCCAAUAGACAGAAUUCACCAGCUAAGCAGAGGCAUUGAUUUGUUCCCUCCUUCCGCCAUCAAGUGCUGUGUGUCAGGUGUCAUCCCCACCACGGGCGAGUGGGGUGAAGACUGUGUCGCAGCCGUCAAGGCCCUGCUGUUGGAGCAGUUCUGCUCAAUCAAGGUCAUGGACAUCUUAGAGGAGGAGUUGCUCACCUGUGCCGUCAGCAUUGUGCUACAGAGUUCAGGAAAACAUCUGGACCAUGUGCUUGUGGAAAUGGGAUAUGGUAUGAAAACAGAUGAGCAGAACUCCAAGAAGCAAAGUAUGGACCAAAGUGCAUCGGAGGAUAUUGGAAGACUCACAGCUGAGAACAAGAUGGUGACAGACAGAAAUGCCCUGAUCCCCAAAGUGCUGACUUUGAAUGUGGGUGACGAGUUUUGUGGCGUUGUUGCCCACAUCCAGACACCAGAGGACUUCUUUUGUCAGCAGCUGCAGAGCGGCCACAAGCUUGCUGAGCUCCAGGAAUCCCUCAGUGAAUACUGUGGCCAUGUGACUCCACGCUCUGACUUUUAUCCAACCAUUGGGGAUGUGUGUUGUGCUCAGUUCUCAGAGGAUGAUCAGUGGUACCGUGCUUCGGUUCUGGCCUACGCUUCUGAAGAAUCUGUCCUGGUUGGAUAUGUCGAUUAUGGAAACUUUGAGAUUCUUAGUUUGAAAAGACUUUGUCCCAUAAUUCCAAAGUUGUUGGAUUUGCCGAUGCAAGCUCUAAAUUGUGUGCUGGCAGGAGUGAAGCCAUCAUUAGGAAUUUGGACUCCAGAAGCUAUUUGUGUCAUGAAAAAGAUUGUACAGAACAGAAUGGUCACAGUGAGAGUGGUGGGCAUGCUGGGCACCAGGGCCCUGGUGGAACUUGUAGACGAGUCGGUGGCUCCUCCACUCAGCACUUCGAAAGCGCUCCUAGACUCAGGCUUUGCCAUUGAGGAAAAGGACACAGGGGCAGAUAAAGACGUCAGUGUGCACACCGCCAGCGUUCCCUCGGCCACAGAAGGACCAGCAGAAGCUUUGGAGUGGACAUGGGUUGAGUUCACUGUUGACGAGACAGUGGAUGUGAUGGUCUGCAUGAUGUACAGCCCCGGGGAGUUCUAUUGCCACUUUCUUAAAGAUGACGCCUUGAAGAAGCUGGAUGACCUGAAUAAGUCCUUAGCAGACUACUGUGCACAGAGGCCGCACGGUGGCUUCAAGGCAGAGCUAGGGCGGCCUUGCUGUGCCUUCUUUGCAGGUGACGGCAACUGGUACCGGGCUCUAGUCAAAGAGAUCUUACCAAGUGGAAAUGUUAAAGUGCACUUUGUGGAUUACGGAAAUGUUGAAGAAGUUACCACAGACCAACUCCAGGCAAUAUCACCACAAUUCUUACUGCUUCCAUUUCAGGGGAUGCAGUGUUGGCUAGUAGAUAUACAGCCCAAAAACAAGCAUUGGACAAAAGAAGCCACAGCAAGAUUUCAAGCAUGUGUUGUGGGGCUCAAACUCCAAGCCAGAGUUGUGGAAAUCACCGAGAACGGGGUGGGCGUUGAGCUCACUGAUCUGUCCACUCCAUAUCCCAAAAUCAUUAGUGAUAUUCUCAUCACAGAACAUUUGGUCCUGAGAUGUGGUUCACCACAGGCCUCAUUGAUGAGCAGACCUGCUAAUAAACAUAACCAGAUCGACAGCCACAGGGUUCAAGCCAGCUCUUCAGCAGAGCAGUGGAAGACGAUAGAAUUACCAGUUAACAAGACUGUACCAGCAAAUGUACUAGAAAUCAUGAGCCCAACCUUGUUUUAUGCCAUCCCCAGUGAAAUGCCAGAAAACCAAGAAAAACUGUGCAUGUUAACAGCUGAACUGUUAGAACACUGUAGCACUCAGAAAGGCCAGAUGUCCUACAGACCACAGACAGGAGAUGCGUGCUGUGCUAAGUAUACAAAUGAUGACUUCUGGUACCGGGCCAUUGUUCUGGAAACUUCAGACUCUGAAGUGAAAGUUCUCUAUGCAGAUUAUGGAAACAUCGAAACACUGCCUCUUUCCAGAGUGCAGCCCAUCGCAGCCACCUACCUGGAGCUGCCCUUCCAGAUCAUUAGAUGCUCACUUGAGGGGCUGACGGAGCUGAAUGGAAGCUGUUCGCAGCUCGUAGUGGAGCUGCUGAGGACUGCCAUGCUGAGCCAGAGAGUGCUUCUCUCUGUGAAAGCGAUUUCAAAGAACAUCCACACAGUGUCAGUUGAAAAAUGUUCUGAGAAUGGAAUGAUCAACAUAGCUGAGAAUCUGGUGAUGUGUGGUCUGGCAGAAAACCUCACAUCUAAAAGGACAAGUGCUUCCACUAAAGAGACAUCACACAGCGCAGAGUGCUGCUGCACGGAGUUACAGAAGCAGAUUGAGAAACACGAACAGAUUCUCCUCUUCCUCUUAAACAAUCCAACCAACCAAAAUAAAUUUAUAGAGAUGAAAAAGCUGCUGAAAAGCUGAAAACAUCAUCUCUGGGAAAUAAACAGUGGGGAAGAAGGAGACAACGAGAGGCAGACUGGAGAAAGGAUUGUAUCUUGUGUUUUGUUCACUGGAAUUGUUGCUUCCUCUCUCUCCUUGGUGACCUCUGACCUCUCCACUUGUGCUUGCUUAGUUUGUUCUGUUGGUUUGCUUCCCUCUCCCCAAUUCUUUCCACGAAAUACAUGAAUCUUACACAAGAGAUCCAUGUGUGAGCUAGGCGUGGUGGUGCACACCUGUAAUCCCAGCCUUGAGCAGACCGAGGCAAGAAGACCUCAAAUUCAAGGCCAGCAUGGGCUACAUAGUUAGAUGCUUUCUCAUUACAAACAAAAAAAAAAGAGUCAAGAUUCAAAAUGUAUGAGACAACUAGGAAGGAAUAUGAGAUACCUUCUGCUCAGAGUCUGUGCAUGUGCGUGCGAGUGUGCGUGCGUGUGUGCACGUGCCGUGCCUGUGUGUGUGUGUGUGUGUGCUCUGCUGAGUACAGAAGCUAGAGCCUCUGGUGUGCUAGGCACUCUCCCUCUCCCUCUGAGCCGCAGUCCCAGCUCUAGCCUCUUUUUGUCUUGAAAGUGCUGAAGAAACGGAGGCUAGGUGUUGCACUAGCUAGGUGUCGUCAAGCGCACUGCUGUACACUCCAGGCCUUUGCAGUGAGCCUCUCCCUUUCAUCAGCUACCUUCUCCCCUCAUAGGUUCUGUUUGGUUCUCUGCUUCUGGGUGACUUGUGGCACACUGCUUCUCUCCUCUGUGCUUAAAGGGCUUGGCUUUUCGUCUUCGAUCAGUGUGUCCACAAGCAUCAGCCUUGGCACUAGGAGGACUCCAGAGGCCCUCCUGGGAUUUUUCUCACCAGUCUGAGCCAUUCAGACUUCUGCUGUAGAAAUAAUUCACGAUUUUCUCAAACACAAACUCAGUUACCGAUUUAAAAGUGGAGAGCACAUUUGUCAUACCUCACGGUGGCAGAUUGUCCUAACCGUAGCCAUGUGCAGUACUGUGCCUUCCUCACAGCCCUGUGGUUUCUCUUGUAAUUGUCCCACGGUUUCAGUGCCAUUUGGCACUGUGGCAACCUAACACAACAUCAUCAACUCAACGUGGAUAAGUAAGACACCGAUGUGGGUGGGUUUGUUCCAUUUUUCUUUUACUGGCAAUGUGUGUCAGCUCUUCUGUUAAGUAGAAUUUCUCAUGUAAAAUGUUGCUUGGUUGUUGAUGUGACUCAAACAGCUAAGGUUGUCCUGGUUCACGCAGUAAAGUCACUUAUCUUCA